CAUUGUAAUUGCAAGCCAAGACUUGAUUGGUUCUCGUGUUUUUGGCUUCAGGCCAACAGACUUUCUCCAUAUAUUAAGAGGCGAGCAGGACGACGGCUUCUAAAAGAGAGAAGAGACAACAACUAAUGGUAGUGGACUAACUCAAGUGAACAACUCAGAAAAUGUGUAAGGGAUUAGCUGCCCUGCCCCAGACAUGUCUGGAGAGGGCUAAAGAGAUCAAGACUAAAUUGGGAACUCUGCUUCAGAAGCCAGAGAAUUCCAUCGACCUUAUUAUCCCCUACCAGGAAAAGCCUGAGAAGAAACCAGAGAAGCUUCAGAAGGCCACACCUGAAGAAGCAGCCCAAUGGCGCGAGUCCCUUGAUAAGGUCCUCUCCAACAGCUAUGGUCUGGCCACCUUCAAGAGCUUCCUGAGAUCUGAGUUCAGUGAGGAGAACAUAGAGUUCUGGGAGGCCUGUGAGGACUUCAAGAAGACCAAGAACCCUCUGAAAAUGGCCACCAAAGCUAAAAAGAUUUAUGAGGACUUCAUACAGACCGGUGGGCCCAAAGAGGUGAAUAUCGACCACUUCACCAAAGACGUGACUCUGAGAAACCUGGUGGAUCUUUCUUCCUCCACCUUUGAGCUGGCACAGAGCCGCAUCUACACCCUGAUGGAAAAGGACUCGUUCGGCCGAUUCCUGCGCUCUGACCAGUACCAGGAGCUGCUCAAGUAAACCCACUCGACCAGCAGCAGAAAGACUUCACACAUUUAACUCAUAAAAAAAAAAAAAAAAAAGAAAAAUACUUUGAGCAUGCAAUUUUUGAUGUACAAGCUGAUUAACAAUACCGCAUCUGUUUAUUUGGCACAACUGAAAAUGCAAUGCAAGCUCACAGUAAUUUGUAACUUUUUGAUUUAGUGGCUAAUUUGUACGUAAAAUAGUUAUGACUCCUCAUGAGAUCGAAAAGAAAAACAAAACAUAUUGUUUCAGCAUCUUCCCUCAGCUGAAUGAAAUGGCCCCCUGCUGACAAGAACAUCUUGCCACAAACUGUUAAAUGAAUGUAAUUCCUGCCCAGUGCUCUGAAUGUCAAGAACUUCAGUAAAAGAAGAAAAAGAUUGGGGUUUAAGGGUUAUAAUACACACUGAUGAAAUGUUAUCUGUCAUUAGCAAGCAACUAAUUUGUAUGAUUUAAAGUUUUUUGAGCGCCUCAAAAUCUUGACAUUCUCUAUUAAUUCUGUACAUUGUCCUGAUAAUUGGAGUCACACUCUUUUCUGACCCCUGUAGACUAAAUAAAGACCAAAACUGGUCCCUACUUGUAAUUUAUGGCUUUUCAGAUUAAGAGCAGAGGUGGUUUUGUGUCAUUUUUCUUUAAUGAGGACGCGCUGACCUAAGCGUUUAAGCAUCAUGUUUAUCAAAAGGAAGAGGCUGGGAAAUGGAAAUGGGUGGGAAUGAGUGUGGGCUGUUUUUUUUUUUUUUUUUUUUCUUGGAAACGUCUGUGUUAAUAUAAAAAAUGCCCAAAUGGUGUACCGAAAGACGAUUUGGGGAAACAACCCACUUAGUAUUGAAAGCGUCACUAUAAGUCAAUGCUUACAAAAAAGCGUGACAUGUUAAGAUGCGCUCCAGUCUAUGGGAACUUGUUGUUUGGGUUACCGCUAUUGAAAGUCGCUAAGAUGGGAAUAUCAAGUAGGAGGGAAACUAUAUAAAGCACUGGGCACAUCGUUUUUUAUUCUAAAGGCAAUGUUUAUUCCCAUGCCACUUUAAAUCCAAAACACAUUUCGAUUAAGUCAUGGAAACCCAAAACAUUUGAGCGAGCAUUUAUCACAAUACAUUAUAUACAGUAUAAACACAUUGUAAGACAUAUAAACUAUUAUUCUAAACAAGAGUGAUUACUGCAAAAUGUUAUUACUUUAGAUUAAGUGGCCUUAACUAUUGGGUACUUGCAUCAAAAAAUAAAUACAAUGUACUUACCGUGUGCAUAAUGUAUUGCAGAACACCUCUGGUGGGAUAUGGGUAUAGGAACAUGUUUGGUAGUAUCGGUAGGUUUAAGGCUGGUUUGAGGUCAUUAAAGCUAAUAAAAAAGGUAAUCACUGAAAUUAAUUACAGAUGUAAUUAAAUGCACAUUUAUAAUCAAUCAAAAAUACAAUGUAAGAACAUGUAAUUUUACAGUAAGUACAUUGUAACAACUAAUUAAUCUCAGUUUAAGUAUACAUAUCAGUUAAGGCCACUUACAUAAAGUGAGACCAUGCUAUUGAUGUUGUCAUACAGUAUAUUAUUUGCUCUUAGAAUCAUAAGUUGUUAGAAGUUUGUGAGUUAUUGCAAUAUGAGCUGCAUAUGUAACCCACGAGUGUGAUGUUCAGUGUCAAUUUGCAUGUUUUUAAACUUAAAGUGUGUUGCACAGACACUUAUACUCUUGCAUGUGUCUUUAUCAUAUUGUGUUUAGCCAUAUCACUAAGUCUAAUAACAUUCACUCAUACAUGAGCAGUGAAAGGUGCUUCUGGAGGUCCUUACUGAUGUCCCGCAAAACAAAAUGUUAGUUCUCUGCAGGACAGGAUUAGUUUAAUGUGGUUAUUAAUUACUGGGAAUCACCAACAUGAAUAAAAUGAAUUACUUUGAUGGGAAUCUUAAGAGCAGAAGUAGAAACUCUGUUGAGUAAAAUUUGUUUAUAUAAAGUUAAAUUAAUUUAGAAAAAAAUAAUCAUUCAAAUAUAUUAUGAAAUAACAUUUGUGAGAUGCAAAUAUCAUUUAAAAUGUAUUAUUUCAGGGUGGGGAUUUGGUAAAAUUGUCAGUAAGGACUGACAGAGUACCUCACUUAUAUAAAAAAUCUGCAUCAAGUUAUAUAUGCAUGUAUGUUUGCAGUUGAUUAUAUAAAAUCCAUAACCACAUUGAAGUUCUGAAGAUUAUUUAUUUAUGCUACUCAGAUGUACAUAUAAGCCAUUUUCAGCAUUUGUUUUUAAUUUAUUCUUGCUUGUCUGAUUGUUUCAUAUUCAAUUUAAAAAAUACCAAGA